GGCUCGCCGUGCCGCGGCUGACGUUGGACAACAAAGAUGGCGGCGGGGAGCAGCAACUACUGGGAAGAUCUCAGGAAGCAGGCGAGGCAGCUGGAGAACGAGCUGGACCUGAAGCUGGUUUCCUUCAGCAAACUCUGCACCAGUUACAGCAGCACCCGAGACGGGAGGCGCGACAGGUAUAGCUCUGACACAACUCCUCUCUUAAAUGGAUCAAGCCAGGACAGAAUGUUUGAGACCAUGGCUGUGGAGAUUGAACAACUUCUGGGCAAGCUAACUGGAAUAAAUGACAAAAUGGCAGAAUACACAAACAGUGCUGGAGUCCCCUCCCUGAAUGCUGCUCUGAUGCACACAUUGCAGCGUCACAGAGACAUCCUGCAGGAUUAUACACAUGAAUUCCACAAAACCAAAGCAAACUUUCUGGCAAUAAGAGAAAGGGAGAAUCUGUUGGGAUCAGUACGGAAAGAUAUUGAAUCAUAUAAAAGUGGGUCUGGUGUGAAUAACAGGAGAACAGAACUAUUCCUGAAGGAACACGAACAUCUUCGAAACUCAGAUCGACUGAUAGAAGAAACAAUAAGCAUUGCCAUGGCAACUAAAGAAAAUAUGACUUCGCAGAGAGGGAUGUUGAAGUCAAUACAAAGCAAGAUGAAUACCUUGGCUAAUCGGUUUCCAGCAGUCAACAGCCUGAUUCAAAGGAUCAACCUUCGGAAGCGACGAGAUUCCCUCAUCUUGGGUGCUGUUAUUGGCAUCUGCACCAUCUUACUGCUGCUAUAUGCUUUUCAUUGAUGGAUGUUCCCCCUAUGGACUCUGCUAAACUCAUCACCACCAUCCCUGCUCUCCAGUCACAGAAAAGUGAGUGGGAGAAGUCACAGACUUCACCAGCCCGCUCGGCGUGGCUGGGAGCACCAGCACCAUGUCUAGACCUUACAAAUGGUGACUGUGAACACUGGCUUUGGGUUGAAGCUGCAGUGUUUCUCCUGCCCUGAUGUACAUUUUCAGUUUGGUUAAAUUUUGUGGGAUUUGUCUGUCUUUAAUUCCCUUUCUUACUGUAAGGUAAGUAAAUACGGGAUGCUUACCAGAACCAGUAGAUCAAUUUCUGUGCUCAGCAGUGCUGGGGAGGUUUUGUUGUUGGCUGGUAAGUGGAAAAAGGUUUGUUACACUUGCCUUGGGUGAAAACUCUACAGGAAGCCAAUUUCCCUGUAGACCAAGCACAGUAAUGAACACUUUCACCCUGUGAGAAGAAUAUUGCAGCUUUAAGCCACCAGGUUGCUUCACUACUAAAUACAUGUUCUGUAAUUCUUUUUAACUCCUGGUCAAGAUACUAGUUAUUUCUGCAUAAUUUGUGCUAUGGAAACUGUGCUUCACACAAGUUUCUCAAAGAAGAAAGAAAAAAAAAAAAAAAAAAGGGUUCUUCAGUUCACUCUUUGCACAGAAUAUGAAUAAACUACCCUCCGAGGAAGGUCUGUAAGGUUUCUUGUGGCUUUAAAGGGACUGACAAGUUCCCCUUUGUCAAAAGGGAGCAUGGUCUCCCAGCAGCUGUUUAUUAUAGUGUUCAGUCACCUGAAAAGUGACCAAACAGGAGUUUGCCUAAAAGUAAUCUUUUGGGUGUAAAUACUUUUGAUUUUGGCUGGCAUCAUUAAAGGUCUUUAUAAAGACACGAUAAGCAGUUUGAAAAGUCUCUAUUGUAAUUUAGAUAAAGUUAUUCUAAUAGCAUUAAUAUUUUUACACUGUAAGUGGGAUAUAACCUAAACUGGCAAUUGGAAAUUAUAAUUAUGAUGGACACAACUCCUCAUAGCAAAGAGUUGCACGUGUGAAUGUGCAACAAGUAUUAUUUACCAUUCUCCAGGGGUGUGGGGAACAGUCCAGACAUGGAAUGUGAGUCCUGAUGUUGUUUGCAUCUCUAAACAAAGCUGACGUCAGGAGUGGCUUUGACAUUGCAGAUUCACAGAUUAUGGAUUUUUCUGCUCUUUCAACAGCUCUUUUCCAUCUGUCAUAUCAUAACCCAAUAAAUUCAAGCUGAGGCACUGGAAUAUCUUUCUAAGAACUUGAUUAACUCUUUUUCACAAUGAAUUUACAGUGCUCCUAAUCACGUAUGCCAUUACCCACCAGUGUCAGUCUCCAGGUUCUCCUCAGGAGCAGGGCCCAAAGGGAUGGAUGCGUUUUUUAAUGCUCUUUAUAGUGUCUGUGGACUACCUUUUGGAGGGAAUAGAGAGUUGUGCCUGUGUAGUGUGCACAAACCACACUGCUGCACCCAAGAUGUUUGUAUGAAUUUGGCAGCUUAUUUGCAGACUAACAACUUUGUGCUAAGAGGUCGACAGAGACUUCUAAUCAGUCAUCUUGUCUUUGGGAUUAGAAAGCAUUUGGAAUUAAUAGGUGUAAAACUGUGGGGCUUGUGUUUUAAAUAAAGGGUUGAUUAUCUGGUUGAUUUGGGAAUGUUCCUGGUUUGAAAUGAGGUGUUUAUUAAAGAGGUUUAUGGAAAACUGUGAUGGAUGAAGGAGGUUUAUUAAUGAAUCUGUGUGUUGAGAGAUCAAACCUCUUCUACCUUCAUGCUUUUUCUUUGAUUCUACCACCACCUUAAGGGACCCUGGUCAGCAGUUGUGCUUCUGUGUAGGAUUUGUAGGAUUUGGUUGCUAUAUAGUUGGCAAUAUAAGAGCUGCAGUACCGUAAAUAAAUUCAUUUAUUUAAUCUUAUAGCAGGUCUUUUUACUGGACUCAGUUGAUUUUUUUUUUGGUGCAUAUAUUUAAUCUUACUGUGUGAAAAAGCUGCUAUGGAAAAUAUGUAGAUUAUAAUAAAUAUGUAAACAUAAUUGAUUUUUCAUGUUAUGAAAAUGUUAUGGAGGAACUGAUAUAUUUUAGUAUAAAGUAAUGGAAAUAUGUUGAAUUAUCUCUGAUAAAGCUUUACUGGAAAUGGU